GGCAACUGGCAAAUGGAAAGCAUCACAGCUAAGCAGCAAAUAUCUUUUUCUUUGUGUCUCAAGUUCUCAACAAGGAUUUUGUAAAUGCCAAUAAGUGAUGCAAUGUGUAAAACAACUCGGUAUUCAAAAGAAUUUUCUGAAAAUCUUUCGAAUCUCUUGGCUCUUUGUGUUUGAUUAUUCAAUAUGAUUCAAAACUAUGAUGGCCAUAUGGCUCACAUGCUGAGUGCCAUGAGGAAUUGAAGAGUGCCGGUACAUCAUUCUGUGUGUGCACUGAUUGCUGCAAGUCCUGAAGGCCCUGUAUAUAGUGUUUCUGUGCCGUUUUCCAUGCCAAUUGCAGAGAAUGAGUUUCCUUUACCAAUUUCCCUGAGAUUCCUGUGGGCUUCUUAGAGUUAGAGCCCAUUUUAAGUUGUAAAAGUACCAUGAAAAUAUGCCCUCAGCUCAGCUGACUGUCACAUUCAACUUCUGCAAUGUUAUCUUGUCUCCUAGGAUUUAAUUUGUAGUUUAAAAUAUAACCAUAUAAUAUACUCAUAAUUUUCCCACAGCACAUGUCAAGUUUCUUGUUGAUCCUGAAGCUGAGCGCCAUUCUGCAGUUAAUGUUCUUUGCACAGAUGACCAAGCUUAUCAAGCACAUAUUGGAUUUUUGCAGCUCUACCACCGCUAUGAGGUGAAGUUCCCCGUAAUGCUUAAGGUGCCUGCUGCGCAGUACAAAGCUUCUCCACAGCCCAGCCUUGUGGUCAAAAGAUUUGAAGUGGAGGUUUCAAGCGAGUGUGAAAAAGAACUCCUUGUAACACUGGAGCUUCUCCCUCACAAGACCAAGCUAUUGCGCGAGAAGCUCGUGCUUCUUGGAGCUGAAGACAACAUCAUCAUCACCUUCAAUGCCAGGGUGCUAGGUCCUGGGCAGGGAACGCCAUCGUUGCUGCGCGGAGUGAGGCUUGUUGGUGUGGAGCGGGUGGCCGACUCUGAAGUGUCGGACUGGCAAGGUUUUGACUGAUGUCGCAGAGCGAAUUGAGUAUUGUUUGUUGACUACCGCGAAACAUUUUAGAAUAAUUAAUUUCUUGCUAGUUGAGUAUCUUGUUUUCCUAAAGCAUCAAACUUUAGCGAGUGAAUUCAAUUUUGAAGCUGCUGAAUAGUGAUAAAAGGCAAUCACCCUAUAAAUGCGUGUCAGUCAAUAUAGUUGUUAUAUAGGCUUCCCUGGUCACGUAUCGCGCUUGGUUAUCACGUGAGUUCUGUCCUCGCCUCAAUGUGAGGUAGAUGCAACUUUAGGAUAUUUUUGAACGACGAAUAUUUUUCAGGCCUUCUUGGAAAAAAUGUGCAGCAGUUUUUAACAGAUAUUCGAGCGUCAGACAACAGAUUUAAGUGUUAAGUGAGGCAGGAAUGUGUUGCAGCAAAUACGUCGUCUAGUGAUAAUAAGAGAAUAAUAAUUGUAAAUUCUCACUCUAUGCAGGCUCUGAGAUAUUCGUUCUAUUCUCCUACUGUGAUGUUUUUCAUCGAACUCUCGGUACAAUACUCAUGAACGUAACAAACAAGAAGUUAUAAGUACUAUCAAAUACCGUUAAAGAGCUUAUGUAUGGGUGAUUUUAAGUAGCCAGUAGGACGGAUCACUACGGUAUUUUAGUAAGUAUCGAUAAAUCUUGUUUGCUUUAGGCUAAUUUAGGGUGAACAAAUGCAAAAAUAGUCCAGUGGGAAGUAGUCAUGAAAGGAGAAGAUGGUACGAGUUGAUUAAUAUCAUAUCAAUUGUAUUUGAAGAGAAUUUACAUCAUAAUAUGUACAGCUCUUCAGUUUAUUUACUACAUUUACACACCGUAUACAUUUACUCGUAAUUUAAUUUAUAAGGAAUUGUGUAUUUUUUACGGAUCUACCCAGGAUUAAAGUUAACUGUAAUUAUAUCUUUUUAAUUUUC